UUUGUCAAAUUGUCAUUCGUGUUUGUGUCGUGUCAUUUAUUAGUGUUUUAAGUUAAAAUAAAUUGUAGGUUGGUACAUACUGUAUAUAUACCCACUUUUUAACGAACAAACAAAUCCUCACAGCGCAUGCUCUGUACCUAUCUGUUGCGCUCAUGCGUAACUUGUCCACAAACUGUGAAGUGAAUCGAGCAGGCUGCCGAAAUCGACUUUCUUUUACUACUCUCAACCUGUUGAACGGCCUACGUAUACGAAAAAGUGGUGAUUUAAUUUACUGUGAUGGAUUCCCUUGCAGAAGAAAGUACCUCUAAUACAAACGAAAUGCAACAAUAUGACAAAAAUGAGAAUUCAAGGCUAGUCGGCCCUCCCUCAGGACCCAAAACCAACUAUGUUAACAUGAUCAACAAUAUUUGUGGAGCGACACUUCUGUGCAUCAUAAUAUUUUGUUGCUUUAAAGAUGGAGUUACUUUGUUUUCAUUUCAUCCGAUACUGAUGACAUUAGGGUGGCUCAUGUUCAUGGCUACAGCUAUAAAUGCGAUUGCUCCAGGAGACUUAGCAACAGAAUGGAUGCCGAUUCGACUGAGAAGUGCUCGCCACUGGGUCCUGCAGCUAUGUGGUAGUACAAUUAUUUUUAUUGGAUUGAUAGUUAUUGUAACAAAUAAAUUCAUCCACGAUAAACCUCAUUUUGCAUCUUUACACUCAAAAUUUGGUUUAUCAGCAAUUAUAUUUAUGUUCAUUACAAUGACAGGAGGACUUGGAGCUCUGUACAGUAUGAAAUUAAAAAAUUAUCUACCUCCUUUGUAUACGAAACUGAUACAUGCAUUUUUUGGGGUCGUUACAUUCUCACUUGGAAUAAUAGCAAUCAUUUUGGCAUACUUUUCUACCUGGUGGACCUUUGGUGAUAUAUUGAGGUAUAUGAAUCUUGUGCUUGCUUUGAUAAUUUUACUCUUUACUGUUUUACGCCCAAGCUUAAAAAUAUAUUUUCGUUUAAAAGAACGAUUCGAGAGUCCAAAUUAAAUACUAUUUCAAUAUACCCAUAUAAUAUAUUAUCUACAACAUGAACGGUACGCUAAUAUUCUCUGUCUGUAUUAUCGAUGUUGAAUUGCUUAUGUAGUUGCGUAAUAUUAAUGUUAUUACAUAACUUUAUUUACCACAAUCCAUAAUUGCUAGUUAAUGGCCAUUGUAAUGAUUAAAUUCUUUUUAUGUACAAAUACAAAGGUGUCCCGUAAAUAGUGGACUAUCCUAUUUUGUAUGUUGGUAUCGCACAAAAUAUGCAAGUAUAAUUAGUUUAAAGAAAGUUUUCUUUAAAAAAAAACAAGCUUAGCAUGGUAGGUAUAUUUGGCUUAUAGAAUCAAAUUACGCGUAGAGAACAUAAUACAUAUAAUAAUUUAGUUAUUUGGGUCAAAAACUAAUUAAAUACAAUAGACGUAAGUAGUUACUUAUUUUUAUUAUUUUAAGUGCCUAAUUGUACCUUAGUAAGUAGUAAAUUUUAUGAUUAUAAAUAAAAAAAACAAUAAAAAAUUAAAAAUGUAUGUUGGUAGGUACUUAGAAGUAUUUAAAUAGUCAGUUACAAGAAUAUAUUAAUUGUUGUAGGGCAUACCAGUAUCCACACGAGCUACUUGUAAAGUAAGGGGCAGUUUUUAAAUCGUACUUAACUUAACCGUUGGUCAAAUCACAACCAAUAAGUGGGAGAUAGACGUUCGAGUAAGAACGCGUACUUAUAGCUCAACGAACUUUAUGUUCGUGAAAUACGCGAAUUUAAGGUAUCUAAUAAACGAAAAAGUUCGUCGAGCCACAAGCACGGCGUACUUACUCGUACGUCUAUCACACACUUUAGAUAACAACAAACCAAAUUCAUAUGCAGCUGUCAUGCUUGACUACGGAUCAAAAAACUGGCCCUCCGUAGGUAGAACAAGCACAACCACCUAGGUAUAUAAAAUAUCUAAUCCCUGAGGGGACAAAAUAUACGUUAUAUUUUGGCCCCUUUGCAUUUUAAUAAUUACUUUCCUAUAUUAGAGAAAUUCAGUAAAUAUGUGGUUAAAUAUAUAAAAUUGCGUAAAUAUACCUAGUUAGAUGCCUAAGAGUUUUGAUAAAUUUGAUUUUAUUUAGAAUGUUUACCUCAGAGAAAAUAUAUAUAUAUAGUGUAGUUAUUUUUGUAAUUGAAAUUAAAUAUUAUAUUUUCAAAAUAUUGUCUUUAUCAACGAUAAAAUCAAUGACCAACCUAUUUAUAAAAUAUUCAUAGGUUUUACUUUAUUAGAAAUAUAUCAAAAAACUUCCGAACUUAAACUGUGUGCCAAUAUUAUAUAAAAUAAAUAGAUGUCUACUUUAUCUAAAUUUUAUAGUACUUAUAAUAAUCUUGAUCUCAAAAAUAUAUGGGUAGUUAAGUAACUAUCUAGUUUUGUAGCAAUUCUAUAACAUAAGUACCUAACUAAUAUAUUCAAAUGGUUAUAGUCUAAUUAUUUAACUUUGCAUGUCACAAUAUAAUAUUAGCAGAAGCAAA